CAGCAGAGAGGAGGAGAAGGAGAAGAAGGAGAGGAGGACACACCGGGCGCGAGCGCAGCUGACCCGCCCUCCUUACUGAACCUGCAGCAGAACUUCUGUAGAACUCUGACAUCUUUGGAAUGCUCCACCAGUCAGCUGACCAGCAUCCGAGCUUCUGCUGGACUUGAUUUUCAUUUCAUUUUGAAUGACUUCCCCGCAAACUCCUUCAGGAGGGAGUUCGAGUUUGUGCACCCUCUCCUCUCGCACCUGCGGCCUCCGCGUGGGGGCAGGUGAGUCGCUCGCGCGCCAUGAAGCGGCCUCGUGCGGACUGCAGCCCCGUGGAGAGUGACGUGGACGAGACCAUCCGGGAGGGGAAGCAGCAGAUCUUCUCAGGGUCGGUGAAAUCUUCCUUCGUCAGAUGUGCGUCUCCAACCACGACCACUCAGGCGAUGGCGAGAAAAAGGCGCCGAGGGAUCAUCGAGAAGAGGCGGCGCGACAGAAUCAACAGCAGCCUGUCGGAGUUACGGAGUCUGGUCCCCACAGCCUCCGAGAAGCAGGGUUCAUCUAAGCUGGAGAAGGUUGAGAUCCUCCAGAUGACGGUGGACCAUCUGAAGAUGCUGCAGGCUGCAGCCGGGGCAGGUAACCUGGAUGGCCCCGCCCUCGCCCUGGACUUCCUGUCUCUGGGCUUCAGGGAGUGCGUGACGGAGGUUUCCCGCUUCCUGGGCGCCGUGGAGGGGCUGGACCCCAGCAGCCCUCUGCAUUCCCGCCUCCUCUCCCACCUGACCUCCUGCUCCACCCAGCGCGACACCGCCGCCCUCAAGGCCGCCUCCCAUCAGCACCCCCAUCCUUACCCGCUCCCCCCUCCCCCCUGGGCCGUAGCCGCCCUGCGUCCUCUGCCGUACGGACUGGGCGGCCUCGCAGACUCCUCCUCUUCGCCUCUCCCCGCCCUCCCCCUCUCGUCGUCGUUUCCGUUCACCCUCCAUGGAGGUUUCCCCGUCCUGUCCUCCUUCGCCUGCACUGCUGUGCCCUCCCCUUCAUCCCAGACCUCCCUCAGCAGCGGUAAACCCUACCGGCCGUGGGGCACCGAGGUCGGCGCUCUCUGACCCCUCCAGACAGACGGUCCAGCCGUCAUUUCUGUGGUCGGAACCACAUCCAGCUGAUUCACACCAGAGAGUAAACGAAAAUACACUUUAACGUCUAUUUGAAACUUCACUGUUUUUGUGUUACAUAAUCAGGAAAAUGACAUUUAAUCCUAAUUUUAUACCAUAAGAAUCCUCAGAGGACGACAGAACGAUAAAACCAGCAUCUUCACCAGAACUUCUCAGCAUUGUUCCCAAAAAGUUGUUCAGCAUAAUAAUAACUUUUAAAAGUAUUUCUAAAUGUCUGCAGUUUCAAAGACUUUAUUUUUAAUUUCAGCCUAAAAUGUAACAGAAAUAUUCACGUUUGUUUCUCUGACGUCGUGAUUUUGGGGCCUUUUCAUCGUCUCUAACAUAAACGAGACUCCCAUCAAUGAA